GCACAGCAAAACGUCGUCGGUCGCUGGCAAGCUCCAACAGAGCAGUGGUCGCCCCUUCUUAAAUAUUGUUAUUUUCUAUUUCUGUGCGUUUUGUGUUGUACUGUAAAGUGUUUUCUGUCUUUACGAAUAUUUCUCGUUCACCUUUCAUUUUACGCGUUACGUUUAUUUAACUUACGCGAUUGUGCGGAUCUUCAAUCGUUGACACAGAUAUCUUAAAAUAUUUCUAUUGUUGUUUGUUUCGAUAUUGUAAUAUUCAAGUGCUGAGAAGAAAAACGUGUUCAGAGUGUGUAUCAGCGUAUAUUGAUACACACGCGUGCGUUAAGUCUGGUUAAUUUUUUUGGAGGUUCUGUUUGAGUUUUAAUAGAAAAAUGAAGGUACCCAAAGAAGAAUCCAAAGAACAAAAUAACGAUAACACUGUCAAUGAUGAUGACAAUGAUAGUAAUCCUUACGAUGCAGAUUCUAACUCAGAUUCAGUUGACCAACCUACCAGAGAUGGUGAUUUUUCUGAAUAUAUGUGGAUGGAAAAUCAAGAAGAAUUUGAUUUACAGGUCAUGAAAGAAUUAGAAGAAAAAGAAUUAAUGAAAGAAUGUUUGGAAGCUAUGUUAGAUGAUGAGCACAGUAAAUCUAAUGGCGGAAGUGCUAAUGGUGAUGCGCAAACAAACGGAUCUAGCAGUUCAAUGAUUAACAGAAUUGAAAGAAUGAGUUUAAAUUCAUGUAAUAAUGUUGAACAGCCAAGACAAUCAACAAGUACUCUCAAUCCAGAUGCAGCAGAAUUUGUACCAGGCACUAGAUCACUGAAUAAUUCAUCAGUGGUAGUAGCAAGUCCAUCAUAAUAUGUAAAAUUAUUCUAAGAACAUAACUUUACAAUAUUAAAAUGAGAAUCUACUAUUCACUAUCGCUAAAUAUAUUUUCAUGAAAUGAAAAAAAUGUUAACAAAAAAUGGCUGUGAUGAGGUUUUUUAUAAUCAUCAUUAUACUCAUAACACUUCUAUACUACACUUUAAAAUUUAACAUUUAAAAUUAAUGACUUAUGUGAAAACAUUAAUUUUAUAUUUAUUUAAAUAGAUAUAUUUUUAAUAUGGUUUUACAGAAUACUUAUUUUUAGUAUACUUUAAAAUAAAUUUAUUUUAAUACCUAGAAAUCCAUUUAAAGUUUUAUAGAUAUUUGUUAAUCAUACUAAGAAUUGUUAUAAGUUUCAACUUGUUCAUAGUUAUUGAUUCUGAUAUUGAUUAAAUUAGCUAAGUUAUAUUUUAAGUUCUACUUUAUAUUUAAAAAUAUUAUCUUAAGCAACCAAUAGUAAAGGAUCAUGUUGUAAUGAAUGAAGUGUGGAUAAUUUUUUUUUUAUUUUACUGUGGUACUUUACAAUUAUGUAAAUUAGUUUUUGAUGUAUGGAAGAUAAAUAGAUUUUUAAAUCACUUUUAUUAUGAUAAAGUAUUAGAAAAAGUCAAUUUUUUGUCCAACUGUUAUGUUUUAUGCAAUAUGCUUAAAUAAAACUCUAAACAAAAUUAAUUUGCUUUAACACAAUAAGAAUAUUUCUGAAUAAUAAUUUUAUUACACUGUAACCAAUUAUUUUUCCUUUUUUUUUAGUUAACUAAUAUAUCCAAUAUUUUAUUUAAAAAUAAAAAUUAAACUGUUUAAUGAUAGUAUUUAAAUUUUUUUACAAUAGUUUUGUAAUUUUCGAAUCAAAAAUGACUUCUAAAUAUUUACUCUCCGUUUUAUUUUUUUUUAUCAUGUGUACAUUAAUUUGUUAAAUAUGAAUCUUAAAUAAUAAUAAUAAUAACAUAAUUGACUAUUUAGUGAUAUAAUAUGGAAUAUUUUUAUAAAAUGUGUCUAUCUAUAUUUGUAUAAAUAUUAUUGUACGUUUUUCUAGUUAAAUUAUUGGAAAUGGCUUGAUUGGUUAUAUGUUAUGCUUGUAAAAUUUUAUAUAAUUUAAGUUUGAGUUGGUUUAAAAAUUAAAGUUAAAAUUCAAUAUAUUAUAAUAUCAAUAAAACUCCAACUAUGAAAAUAUUGGAUGAAUUCAUGGUUAUUAAAUACGGUUAUGGGAAUUACAUAUACUUGGUAUUUAGGUUAGUUUAACUUUCUAAAUAUUUUCAAUAAUAUAAACUGGAAAAUUCAUAAUUAACUUUGUGCAUACAUGUUUUUCUAUUUUUUUUUUUUGUAAAUACAUUUUAUUUCUUCUAUGUAUUCAGCUACAUUUUUCUUAUUUUCCUAAAGUGAAAUAAGUCUCAUAAGUUAUCCGUAUUCUGUGCAUUAAUUAUAAAUAGCUUAUAGUUUUUGGAACUUAAAAAAUUAUUUUAAAUGUCGAUUUGAGUAUAUAUAUUUAUACAUUUACUAACAAUUUAAAUUUCUAAAUUAUGUUGCUACAUGAUACAAUAGUUAUCUUUUACUAAUAGCGUAAACAAUUUUAUUUUAAAGUAAAUAAAACUUCAUUGUUAUGCAUUCAUGUAAAAAAAUUUACUGGGAUUUACAUUACACUUUAUUAGUGUUGUUUGAUGUUAAGCUGAUGAUUUAAUUUUUAAUUAUUUACACUAUUCUUUUAUAUGCAUGCGAAAUAUGAAUUGAAUCAAACUUCAAUUAUUAUAUUCAUUAUAAUUAAUAUGGUUCAUUUAUUUAAAUAAAGUAAAGUUGUGAUAAGUUGUCA